UUAGUAUAAAAUUUUCCACAAGACCCAUAACCCAUUCAAUUCAAAUUCAAAGAAUAAAAGCAAACUAAAACGUAACAAAUCUUAAAGAAUUGACGGUGGUCAAACAAAGAAUUCAACAAGAAAACUGAAUUCGUCAAAGUUCAAAAACAAACAAAUACAAAAUGAAACCGUUUCUAGUUCAUAACAAAAAAAAGGGACAUUCAAACUCACUUUGAAUUAAAAACUACAAAAAUAGAAGCCAAAUCGAAAAAGCAAAAAAUGGACAAAAUUGUCAAAACACAAACUAAAAAACAAUGAAAAAACAGAUCUUGUGUUUGGUGUUUAAUGAAACAAAUUUGGGUAUUUGGUAGGUUUGACCAGUGCUCAUUUUAUCUUUCUUAAAACUCUUUUUUCUUUCUUUCUCUCUCUACAAUCUUCAAUAUUCUUCAUUCUCUGUUUCUCUCUCUAAAAUCUUCACUUGUUCUCAGCUUUUUUCAAUCUGCUUUCUUUGACUCGAUAAGAGGGUUUUCUUCAACGAAUUCAAUCCACAAAAAAGUUCCAAUUUUUAACAAUUUCUCAGUUGCAUGAGCUCCCAUUUCUCCACCAGAGAUAAACAGUUCUCUACAACAGUCUAAUUCUGUAAAAAGGAUGGGGUGUUUCACUGUAUUGAAGAGCAAGAAGAAGAAGUCUGAUUCGUUUGCCUAUGUAAAACGCAUAAACCAUAAUGAUCAUGCGCCUUCAGUACUUCCUGAACCUCAAACUCAUACUCGUUCACUACAGUCUGCACCUCCUAGUUUUAGGACAAGAGUGAAACCCGUUCAACCUGUUAAUAAAGCCACUAACAAUAGAAUACGGGCAUUAUCUGCUCCUUCAACUCUUGAUGCAGCCGAUCAAGAUGCUUUAACCUCAAUUGAGUAUGAGGAACAAGAAGAGUCAAAAUACCGAGGAGGAGGAUCAAUGAAGGAGCAGCGUUCUUCUAGUCCACAACCUUUACCGCUACCAUCUCCUCAGGGAGGUAGUUCACUGAAGGCUAUUGGCAGCUUUAAGUUGGGGACUGCUAGUGUUCCUCUACAUGCUUCUGGACCUUUGCCACUUCCACCAACUGGUUCACUUCGGAACUUUCCGUAUGAGGAAGUUGCUGCUGCUUGCCACAAUUUCUCUUCUGAUCGAUGCGUGUCAGAAUGUCUUUCGUCUACAAUAUACAAAGCUUACUUUGGUGAUGAUCCUUCAAGUGCAAAGAAGUUUGAAGCCACUGUCACACGCCUUCACCCAUCAUCUCAGGGCUUGAAGGAUUUCAUUAACGAGGUCAAUACUCUUGCAACUUUGCAACAUCCAAACCUCUGUAAACUGCUAGGAUUUCAUGCUCGUGAUGGUUCAGAACAUAGAAUGUUGGUCUAUGAGAGGCUAUACCAUGGAAGCUUGGACCGCCUGUUGUAUGGUAGAUCUGAUGGACCAUCCAUUGAUUGGAAUACAAGAAUGAAAAUUGCAAUGUGUGCUGCACAGGGUCUUACUUUCUUGCAUGAAGAAGGGCCUUUUCAGGCAAUGUAUAAUGAAUUCUCGACAGCCAACAUACAGAUUGACAAAGAUUUCAGUGCCAAGCUUUCCGGAUAUGGUUGUGUCGGACAUAUUCCUGAGGAAGAGAUUUCCAGCAGUUCAUCUGCUGUUGGAAACCUAUCAAUGGAGACACUGGAGAAAGGAAUGCUGACCCCAAAGAGCAACGUAUGGAGCUUUGGAAUUUUUCUUCUGGAGUUACUUACUGGAAGAAAGAAUCUUGAUAGCCGUCACCCUAAGGAAGAACGGAAUUUAGUCAAAUGGAGUAGGCCUUUCCUAGCUGAUGAUUAUCGUUUAUCAUUGAUCAUGGACCCUCAACUUAAAGGUCGAUUUCCUUCCAAAGCUGCAAGAACAAUAGCUGACAUUGCACAAAGAUGCCUACAAAAGGAGCCAUCAGAUAGACCCACCAUGAGAAUCGUUGUUGAGCAUCUCAAAACAAUACAGGAUUUGAAAUACUCUUGCAGGUUCCCACUCCAAGAACCAGCACCAUUAUCCGGAAAAGAAAUGUCAAGAUCACCAAGUCUUAAUGGUAUCGUCUGCCCUGCGCCAAGGUUGAGUUUUUCUCCAUCACAGCCGUCCGUAGCUCCGCUAUCUGUUUCGCCUCCAAGAUGGUCCGGUGUGCCUGUCCUUCCACCUCGAGUUUGUUCUUCUAUGGAAGAACUCGAUAGGCAAGAGAGCCGUAAGUCAUCUUCCGCCUCUAGGAGGGCUAGUGUUGAAGGAUAUUGAAUGUCUAUAUAAUGUUCAUUUUUUUAUUUUUAUCUAUUUUUUUUGGUGUGGUUCAACACAAAUUUAUAGGAGAUAAAGAUGUGGUUCUUCCAUCUUUUAAUCCCUCAGUGUGAUUUCUGAGAGGAUGUUCUUUUGUAGAUAGUGCAAAGGUUGGUCAACUGGGUUCAAUUAAUAACCCUAUUUAUAUAAAAAAAAUUAUAUA